GAAAGCCCGUACAGUCAGUGUUACCGGCGUCUGCAUGAGCAGGACCCUCACACACAGGCACACUCGGUGUUUCAUCCAGCAGGUUACAGAUACUAACACGGUGUUUAAAAACAUGUUGUGUUUCAGCGGGUUGUCGCUGGCCCUCGCGCUGGCCCUCGCGCUCACUCUCGUGCCCGGUUCCGCUGAAGCCCUGAAGGAAGGAGAGUGUGAAGUAUGUAUAACCUUCCUCGGGAGGUUUUACCAGUCACUACAGGACAACAACGUCAACUUCAAGAGCGCAGACAUCGAGAACGCCCUCGUAAAGAGCUGCAAAGAUGCUAAAAGCAAAGAAAACCGCUUUUGUUACUACAUCGGGGCAACAAGUGACGCAGCCACCAAGAUCAUCAACGAGGUGUCGAAACCCCUCAGCUCCCACGUCCCAGUGGAGAAGAUCUGUGAGAAGCUCAAGAAGCAGGACUCUCAGAUCUGUGAACUGAAAUACGACAAACAGCUGGACCUGACCACUGUGGACCUGAAAAAGCUUAAAGUGAAGGACCUGAAGAAGAUUCUGGAGGAGUGGGGCGAGUCCUGCAAAGGCUGCGCCGAAAAGUCCGACUUCAUCCGCAAAAUCACAGAGCUCAUGCCCAAGUACGCUCCUGCAGCCGCCAAAGCACGGACAGAACUGUAAUGAGGAAGGAGAACAAAACGCAACCACAACUUUGGACUUGGACCAGACCGCUAUUCGAGGAGGAGGAGGAGGAGGAGGAUGGGAGGGGAGGGGAUUUUUGUCGGACAUGUUUGUCUCAGUCUUUGCACACGUCUGGUGUUCCUACACUGAUCUAGAGCUCUGAUUAAAGGGGAAGAGGAGCAUUGUGAGGUUUUUCUGCUUAUGUCCUCCACUAAAGAAAUUCUUAGUUGAUUCAGUUUCUCCGCAAAAAAAUUGUGCAAAAGCACUUUUCUAAAUGUUACCAGAGAUGUGCUCACACAUUUCAUGGAAAUAAGCCAAUUGAGCAUAAAACAGACGAAUUCACUGCAGAAAUCUUAGUCGGCUCAGACCCUAACCACCGUCUGCUCAUGUAGUUCACUGAUUGGCUAAAAACAGACUACACACACACACAUAGUGAUAAAUCUGAAUGAAAUGAAGUCAUUGAGCAGUUGAAUGUUAAAGUGCCAGCUCGAGGAGGAUGUUGAUCAGCCGACCUUUGAAGGUUCUUAAAACAACACUGACACGCAUCGGGCUCAACGUGCUCCCAAUGUGAGAGCUUGAGGAUAAAAUCCAACAUUAACGCACAUUUUUGACGGAGAACGAGGACGGUGCGAUCACCUUCGUGGUGACGUUUGGAGGAAUUCAUGCGAGUGUUGUACUAAGAUGGAAAAGGUGAACCUUUCCUUCAGACCUGAGUUCAUGUACACACCUUUACUGUAGAGACAUUCUCCCCUCUUAACCUCAAAUUUAGUCUUUUUGUUUCAAGUUACAGUCAACAAAGUCGCUCAUAUUCCAACCCAGAGUCCAACAGAAUGUGCCAUUAUUAAACCAAUACGUGUUUUCUUUAUCUUAUCUUAUUUCUUUAUUGUUAUGACACUUGGAGGACGUGUGGCAGUUACUUAAUACUCAACAUUUAGUCAAAUGCAGCUGCAACUAUUUUAAUUUCCGAUUAAUCGUUAAAGUAAUUGAUCAUGCGAGGCUGGAAGACUUGGAACAUUUGGUUUUCAGCCUCUCAAAUGUGGAGAUUUGAUGCAUUAAAGUGACAAAACCAACGUUUUUUUACUAUUUUCUGACGUUUUAUAGAGCAAACGAUUAGUAAGACUUUAAAAAGAGGCUUUUAUUUUGAAAAUCUAGGUGAAAUGAGGCUCCGUGAACUUUGUUUAAUUCAGUUUAAUUUCAGACUGGCAGUAAGAGCUUCUCCUGACUCAGAUAAAUACUCAGAGGCCAUGGAGUAUGGGUGACUUAUGUUGAAGCACAUUUAAGUAGUCUGGUCAGCAGAGUAAGGAAUAUUUAUAGAUUUAUUUUAAGAUUUCUCUUCUUUCUAAUCACUUUGUUUUGGGUCUUUGAUCCGACUGAUUACCUCCCAGGUUGUUUGUCGUGUAAGUGUGAUCGUUGUAACUUGUGAAAUGCGCCUCGGCUCUCCCGCUGUCCACCUUCCACGCCGCAGCAGCGCCGGGAUCACUUGCAGUAUAAUCCAUUAAGUAAUUGGGAUGAUGGCAUUGUUGAAAUUUAAAAUCAAAGUAAGAGAAUUGACUGAGGGUGAACUCACACACACCUUUAAAUUCAGCUGUGAAAGAAUAUUUAUGGUUCCUGAACAUGGAGGGGAAAAACUAUACAUUUUCCUCCACAUGUUGCACAGACAGGUGAAAGUGACCCCCCCCCCCCCAAAACACUGUCUUUCAUAAGGGAUAUUUUAUUGUUUGAUGUAAGCAAACAGUGUACUAAAAAAACAAACAUGAUGGGGAAAUUAAAACUUAAAAUAUGCUGUUUCACAUUGACCUUCACAUGUAAGGCCCUGUCAUUUGUUACUGUACUAUUCUACUUUUUCAUUAAAAUAUGAAAAAAGAC